UUGCCUUGACCAUUACUGUAAUAUGGUCAGGGUGGCUCGACGUAUCAUCGGUAUAUCAUCUAUGACAGAUCCCGAUCUAGGCGUGUGCAGAAGGGUAAGUAGAUCCUUUUCUCGCGGAGCUAAGAGCGCGCCAAACCUUUCGGGAAAAAACGAGAUUCGAGCGCCGUCAUUCAGCGCACGGACGCCAGAGUCGUUUGCUCGUUGCCCUCCUCGACGUCACCCAUUGGGGUCGAUACGUUCUCUAAUCCUAUGUGUACAUCUGAUUAUUAAGGUGCACGUCCUCCUGGCUGUACAUCUUUCGUGAUCGGUGAGUCGAAAGCAUCUUAGCAAGAGGGGAGGGUAUCUGAAACCUGGAAUGUUAGCUUGCCGGAUAAUGAGCGAGACACUGCUGGCCGUCCUGCUCGUCACGUCCUCAGCAAAGGGUUCUAGUCUCGUCUAUCGAUGGCCGCCGCAUCCUGCCACCCGCCCUAGGCUCGCACGCCCGCUUCCCACACACGACGCGACCUGCGUACACGCCGACAACCCUUGGCGCGCCGCACACGCCUCCCAGCCAUCCAAUCCAUGCGACGAAUACGUUCCCGAGGAAGACGACUACCGUUGGCACCGACUCAACGCCGACCGUCCACGGUCCCUCUCCUUCUCUCAUGGCCGCUCUCGUCCCGCCUCACGCAGGCCAUCUCCAUCCAAAGACGUCAAGGACUCGCUUGUCAUGGAGGGCCAGCACGAGCUGGACAUUCACGAACACGACGAGCUGCUGGGAUACUCUGCCGAGUUCCUUGCCAGCCUGCUAUGUCCGCACUCAGCCAUGUGCCACCAGAAGUUCGAGCUCGUGGUCGACGAGCUGGCAUUCAUCGGCCAUCCGGUGUGCGCCGAGGAGGACGGCGGCUGGCGGUUCCGUCCCGAGAAGCACAAGAGCGCGUCGCGCGGUCGUGGGUCGCGCAAAAGUCAUACGCCGUCACCACACACUGAAGAAGGCGGUGUGACGCCGGACACUAGCGCCAAGGACCUUCCUUCGUCCGGGACGUGGCUGCAGACGUUCCACCUGGUGAUGGUGCUAGACUUACCAGAUCCGUCGUCAUCUGCGUCUGGGAACAUUGCGAAGUACGUGGACACGAUCUACGAGCAGAUGAUAUUUGCGACGACGGCGGUGAUGUACCAGGAGCAGGUGGUACACAACUUUGUAGAGAUGGAGUGUGACAAGCUGGGUGCUCUUAAAGACGAUUAUGUGAAGCAAGGUGGGCAUACAGUCAGUUGCCUGACCCAGACAGCCGAGCCAAUGACAUCACAGGCCAGACAAUCUCGACGUAUCUUGACGACGCGCUGAAAGUUUCGUCAAUCGCAUCGGCAACGAAGACACUGUACGACUCGAUCAAAGACGGCACGAUCGCACAACUGACGAUUCAUGAGUUUCAUUUGGAACUGCAGCUUCCGCCACACCUGGACAGGCUGCUGCACAACGAGGAUGGACUGGAAAAUGACUGCGCUGACCGCGAGGGCGAGGACGAAGACGAGUACGGGGCGGCGGCAUGGGGUCCUGAGAUGAGUUUUG